AUGUUCCAGGGCAACUGGAAAGAGAGCAACGAAAGCUACGAUUUAUUUUUCGCCUUCUUGAGAUACUUCUACACCAACCAGGUUGAUUUGCAGCCAGACAUGGCUCUAGAGCUUUUCGCCUUGGCCCACUUUUAUCAAAUGCCUGAUCUGCAAAAGGAGUGCAUGAAAAUUAUCAAAAGGGGCCUAACCGUGGAAAAUGCAGCUUUGAUUUAUGACAGAGCGAUUCUUCUUGCUGCCGAGGAACUCAAGGAGUUCGUUUUGAAGUUCUGCAUGGAGCACAUGAAUGCGGUUGUGAACAGUGAUGGCUUCAAGCUCUUGAAGGAUGACGUCGUGAAAGAUUUCGUCCUUCGUGCUGCGCAGCAAGGAGCGUUUAAAAAAUGA